AUGGGGCGAACGACGUCGCGCGGCGCCGACGAGAAGUUGAAGCUGAUGAGUCCCUCGCGAAAGGAGGGCCUUCAGAUUGGCGUGCCGAAGCAAUUGCAACGAGUCCUGCUGCCAGCAUGCGCGGCGCUACUCUUCCUCUUCUUCGUCACCGCAGGAAACUGGAGCAGCGCAACAGAAGGGGUGAAAAAGGUGCUGCACAAAAGGCCCGCACACUUUCCCCGGAAGAUAUGGCAGACGUGGAAGGUCGACCCCAUGCGCUUUGAAGAGAGGGACCACAACACUGCACAAACCUGGAUCAUCAAGAACCCAGACUACCGAUACGAAGUCCUGACGGACCAGAACGACCUGGCCUAUGUCGAGACACACUUUGGUCCGGAAGGUCUGAACCGACCCGAUAUCGUCUUCAUGUACAGAGAGCUCACGGCGCGCAUCAUCAAGGCCGACCUGCUGCGCUACAUGAUCAUGUACGUCGAGGGCGGCAUCUACACCGACAUCGACGUCGAAGCCCUCAAGCCUGCGAACCACUUCAUCCCCCAGCGAUGGAACGAGAAGGACGUGGACAUGGUCAUUGGUGUCGAGAUUGACCAGCCCGAGUUCAAGGAUCACCCAGUGCUGGGCUCAAAGAGCAUGUCAUUCUGCCAAUGGACAUUCAUGACCAAGCCGCGGCUGCCAGUCAUGCUCACGCUGAUUGAGAACAUCAUGAUGUGGCUCCGCGGCGUGGCCAUGGAACAGAACAAGCCAAUCUCUCAGAUCGAGUUGGACUUUGAUCAAGUUAUUAGCGGAACAGGUCCAUCUGCUUUCACCAAAGCGAUCCUGGCAGACAUGUCGAAGAACACCGGACGAACAGUUACCUGGGACGAGUUUCACGAUCUGAACGAGUCCAAGCUGGUUGGCGGUGUACUCGUCCUUACCGUCGAGGCAUUCGCCGCUGGCCAAGGUCACUCCGAUUCUGGCACACACGAGGGUCGCCAAGCGCUGGUUCGCCACCACUACCACGCGUCCGGGUGGCCAACUGCUCAUCCACGAUUCAACCACCCUAUGUUCGGCGAAGUCGAGCGCUGCAACUGGGUCCCUGACUGCGUGCGCGCCUGGGACGAGAACACUGCCACCUGGGAGCACAUGACGCCCGAAGACAAGAUGCAACAACUCGAAGUCGCGCGCACCAAUGCCGAGGCAGCACAAAAACAGGCCGAAGACGCGUACCGGGAAGCAGAAGCCAAGGGCGAGCAAGCGCCACCUCCGCCACCACCUCCAGGCGCACCGGGCGCACCACCCCUCGCCGAGUUCCUGAACCCAGAGUGA